UUACUCUUCUCUAAAAACAAAAAGGGGGGCCCCUUUCCAGUGUUCAAGGUGUCGAAGCGAGGACGUGGUGGGUCCUCUGGUGCAAAAUUCCACAUUUCGUUGGGUCUUCCGGUGGGAGCCGUGAUCAACUGUGCUGACAACACAGGCACCAAGAAUCUCUACAUCAUCUCUGUGAAGGGGAUAAAGGGACAGCUGAACAGACUCCCUGCUGCUGGUGUGGGCAACAUGGUGAUUGCCACAGUCAAGAAAGGCAAACCAGAGCUCAGAAAGAAGGUACAUCCAGCAGUGGUAAUACAACAACGAAAAUCCUAUCGGAGAAAAGAUGGUGUAUUUCUUUAUUUUGAAGAUAAUGCUGGGGUAAUAGUAAACAAUAAAGGCGAGAUGAAAGGUUCUGCCAUCACUGGACCAGUUGCAAAAGAAUGUGCAGACUUAUGGCCCAGGAUUGCAUCCAAUGCUGGAAGCAUUGCAUGAUUCUUAGGCCUAUUUGUAAAAAAAGAAGUCAUUAAAAGAAUUAAUUGCCAAAAUAAAUAAAUAAAUAAA